AUGGAUGACCUGGAGUCGCUGGAGCUGCUUUCGCUCGUGUCGCGAGUGACGAGCGAGCUCCAGAACCACCUGGGCAUUUCCGACAAGACUCUGGCCGAAUUUGUGAUCGACCAACACCUCAAAUGCAAUGGACAAUUCUCCGAAUUCAAAAAGAGCCUCGAUGACAUGGGCGCUGAGUUCCCGGAAAGCUUGAUGGAGAGUAUUGAUCGCCUUGUACUCACGAUGCACCCAAAGUACAAGUCAAAGAAAGCGGAAAAUGGCGACUCUGGUGCCGGAGGCGAUAAUUUGAUGGACGAGCUGGAUGCUCUGGAGAAAAAGUCGCGGGUUUUCAAGGGCCUAGCUUUCCCAGAUAGGGAGAAACGCUGGGAAGAAAACGACUACCUUGAUCGGCAGGCCGCCGACGAAGCCGAUGCGCGGGAAGGCGCCAUGGACGACACUUUUGCAAUGCUGGAGGGGCUUGCUGGGAAGCCGAAAGAAAACCAAGCUGCCUUUACAGAUGAGCGCAGCACCAGAAAACGGAGUCGCAGCCCCCAAUACGAUGACUACGACCGCGGACGACGACAUAAAAACAAACAUCGGUCGAGAUCACGGAGCGCACAUCGUCGCAUCAAGAGUGACGACCUUGUGGACGAAUUUGGACGAUCCAUUGACAGACACAGCAAGCGCGAAGACAGUCGCAACGGACACAGCGAUCGACGGAGACGUCGUGAUCAUGAACGUAAUGACGACGAUGAUUAUUUCCGACGACCACCACCCGUUGAACUGGAUGACCAGCCAAUUCUCUUCAAAAUUUAUGAGGGACGUGUCACCGGCGUGAAGGACUUCGGCGCCUUUGUGAAUCUACAGGGAGUGAAAGGUAAGGUCGACGGCCUUGUCCAUGUUUCUGCGAUGCAAGAAGGCGUGCGAGUGAACCACCCGGGUGAUCUUGUUUCUCGUGGCCAGCCAGUCAAGGUCAAGGUUGUGAGCAUUGAGGGCACUCGCAUUGGACUGUCAAUGAAGGAGGUCGACCAGGUAACAGGAAUGGAUAUUGUUCCCCAGAAGCGGUUGGCUUCAGGCGCGAAUAUGCAACGCCUCGAUGGUUCAUCAGGAAACGACCGAUACGGCGAUCUCAGUUCAGACGUGCCCGUCAUUGAAGAAUCUAACGGACGGCCAAUGCGGAAUCGCAAGCGUAUGACCUCGCCUGAACGAUGGGAGAUCAGGCAGCUCAUUGCUUCUGGGGUUGCAUCCGCCGCAGACUAUCCCGACCUUGAUGAGGAAUACCAUGCCACCCUCACCGGCGAGGGAACGUUUGAAGAGGAGGAAGAUAUCGAUAUCGAAGUCAAAGACGAAGAGCCUCCUUUCCUGGCUGGCCAGACGAAGCAGUCGCUCGAACUUUCUCCUAUUCGUGUGGUCAAGGCCCCUGAUGGCUCCAUGAACCGAGCCGCCAUGUCGGGUACCAAUCUCGCCAAGGAACGACGCGAAUUGAAACAGCAAGAGGCGCAAGACAAAGCUGCUGAACGGGCCAAUGAGGUCGACCUCAAUGCACAAUGGCAGGAUCCUAUGGUUGCACCUGAGGAUCGCAAAUUUGCUGCGGAUCUGCGCAGCACUCAGCAACCCAAGCAGGAUGAUGCUGUACCGGAGUGGAAAAGGGUCACCAUGGGCAAGAACCAGUCCUUUGGCAAGCGAACCGACAUGAGCAUCAAGCAGCAACGUGAAAGUCUGCCAGUGUUCAAGUUCCGCAAGCAACUCUUGGAUGCCGUAAAGGAUAACCAGCUGAUGAUUGUGGUUGGAGAUACUGGUUCAGGAAAGACCACGCAGUUGACGCAGUACUUGGCCGAGGCUGGAUACGGAAACAAUGGUAUCAUCGGUUGCACUCAACCUCGUCGUGUCGCUGCCAUGUCUGUGGCCAAGCGUGUUUCCGAGGAAGUCGGCUGCAGGCUGGGAGCAGAGGUUGGCUACACCAUCCGUUUCGAAGACUGCACGAGUCCAGAGACCAAGAUCAAGUACAUGACCGAUGGAAUGCUUCAGCGAGAAAUUCUGCUCGACCCAGAUCUUAAGAGGUAUUCCGUGAUCAUGCUUGACGAAGCUCACGAGCGAACAAUUGCCACAGAUAUCUUGUUCGGUCUUUUGAAAAAGACCAUCAAGCGCCGGUCCGACCUUCGCUUGAUCAUUACGUCGGCCACUCUGGAUGCCGAAAAGUUCUCCGAAUACUUCCAUGGCUGUCCCAUUUUCUCAAUUCCCGGACGAACUUUCCCUGUCGAGAUGAUGUAUUCGAAGGAGCCUGAAUCUGACUAUCUGGAUGCUGCUCUCAUCACGGUGAUGCAGAUUCACUUGACCGAACCGGCAGGUGACAUCCUUCUCUUCCUUACAGGCCAAGAAGAAAUUGACACUGCCUGUGAGAUAUUAUUUGAGCGGAUGAAAGCAUUGGGCUCUACAGUCCCCGAGCUGGUUAUCCUUCCUGUCUACUCCGCGCUUCCCAGUGAGGUACAGAGUCGAAUUUUCGAACCAGCGCCGCCUGGUGGCCGCAAGGUUGUCAUCGCGACUAACAUUGCUGAGACUUCAAUUACUAUUGACAACAUCUACUAUGUCAUUGACCCCGGCUUCGUGAAGCAGAAUGCCUACGAUCCGAAGCUCGGUAUGGAUUCGCUCGUGGUGACACCUAUUUCGCAAGCGCAGGCCAAGCAGCGAGCUGGUCGUGCAGGAAGAACAGGUCCUGGCAAGUGUUUCCGACUGUACACGGAGGCCGCCUAUCAAUCCGAGAUGCUCCCCACCACCAUUCCUGAAAUUCAGCGACAGAACCUGUCGCAUACUAUUCUCAUGCUCAAGGCAAUGGGCAUUAAUGAUCUUCUUCACUUUGACUUCAUGGAUCCGCCCCCCACUAACACCAUGUUGACAGCUCUUGAAGAGCUGUACGCCUUGUCAGCUUUGGACGACGAAGGUCUACUGACUCGUCUGGGCCGUAAGAUGGCCGAUUUCCCUAUGGAGCCCGCUCUCGCGAAAGUUCUUAUCGCCUCUGUCGAUAUGGGCUGCUCUGAUGAGAUGCUUAGUAUCGUCGCCAUGCUCUCAAUUCAAUCUGUAUUCUACCGACCCAAGGAAAAACAGCAACAGGCAGACCAGAAGAAAGCCAAGUUCCACGAUCCAUGUGGUGAUCAUCUUACCCUGCUGAAUGUCUACAACGGCUGGAAGAAUUCCAAGUUCAACAAUGCUUGGUGCUUCGAAAACUUUAUCCAAGUUCGAGCCAUCGGCCGCGCCAGGGAUGUGCGCAAUCAGCUCAUGGGCAUCAUGGAACGCUAUCGCCACAAGAUCAUUUCUUGCGGACGGAACACUACUAAGGUGCGACAAGCACUUUGCACUGGUUUCUUCCGAAACGCCGCUCGCAAGGAUCCCCAAGAAGGAUACAAGACGCUGGUGGAAGGCACACCUGUGUACAUGCACCCGAGCUCCGCGCUAUUCGGAAAGCCAGCCGAACACGUUAUCUACCACACUCUGGUGCUCACCACUAAGGAGUAUAUGCACUGCACCACUUCGAUCGAGCCGAAAUGGCUCGUGGAGGCAGCCCCGACAUUCUUCAAGGUGGCACCUACAGACCGUCUGUCGAAGCGCAAGAAGGCCGAACGCAUCCAGCCUCUUCACAACCGAUUUGCUGGCGAAGACGAUUGGCGUCUUUCGGCCCAGCGCCGUCAAGGCAGAGGUGGUGGCGGAGGCACUUGGGGUUGA